UGGCCCUCUGUAUUUUCCGGAAUCAAAGUAAUUGUCAACCAAGAGACACCACACCAUUGGGAUCUGGGAGCAUCUCCAUCAUUCUACAACCUUCUGGUCAGCCUAGGAAAAGCUCACCAAGCUAUACUUAAUCUGCCUGAUCUAGGUGCCAAGCUAGAAUAUCCCCCUGGGACUAUGAUUUACACUUCUGGAAGGGUUCUAGAACAUGGGGUUCCAGCUUGGGGUGAUGGGGAGAGGAUCAUAAUUGCC